GUGAUUGAGAAGCGUUCUCGGUGGUAGCACGUGUGCGUAAAAAAGAUCGAUUUUCGGUUACGGUACGGUAGAAGAGAAGCGUUACAGUUGGUCGCACCGUAGAUCGUAAUAAUGUGGUACCUGUUGCUGUUGCCGAUCGCACUGGUAGUCCUGCUGGCCGUCGAUCUGUACCGGCGCAAUGCCCGGGCACUGGAAGUGGCCCAGCAGUACUCGGGACCGCCGGCACUGCCGAUUAUCGGCAACGGGCUGUGGUUCGUGAAUAAAACGACCGUUGACUUCGUGAAUCUCAUCCAAAAACUGACCGACGACUACGGCGACGUGGUUCGCUUCUGGAUGGGUCCUCAGUUCACCAUCUACACCGGAAAUCCCAAGUGGAUUGAGGCGAUCCUUACGAACCGCAACCUAACGAACAAAUCCGACGAGUACGGGUUCCUGUCCAACUGGCUGGGCGAUGGACUGCUCCUUAGCAAACGACACAAGUGGCACGCCCGACGGAAGAUCAUCACUCCGGCGUUCCACUUCAAGAUUCUGGAACAAUUUGUGGAGGUGUUUGACCGAAACGCUGCUGAGUUGGUUGACGUUCUGGGCAAGUUCGCUGCGAACGGACAGACCUUUGACGUGUUUCCGUACAUUCUGCUGUACACGUUGGACGUGAUCUGCGAAACGGCGAUGGGAACGUCCGUCGAUGCCAUGCGGAACUCCGACUCGGAGUACGUGAAGGCGGUCAAAGAAGCGGCCAGUAUCUCGAUCACCCGAAUGUACGACGUUUACAUGCGGACUCCGCUGUUCUAUCUGACCCCUGGCUACCAGAAGCUGCGAAAAGCAAUCAAAAUGCUGCACGCCUACACCGACAACGUGAUCGUGUCCCGUCGGAAGCAGCUGGAAGCGAGCUCGAACCAGUCCGCGGAAGUUGCCUCUGAAGAGCACGAGUAUGGUGGCAAGAAGAAGGAGGCCUUCCUGGACCUGCUGCUCAAGACCUCCAUCGAAGGACGACCCCUCACGAACCUGGAGAUUCGCGAAGAAGUGGACACCUUUAUGUUCGAAGGUCACGACACCACCACCUCCGGCGUCUCCUUCACCCUCUACAACCUGGCCAAAUACCCGGCCAUUCAGCAGAAAGUUCACGACGAAAUCAUCGCCGUCCUAGGCACCGACCCCCACAAACCCAUCACGAUGGCCACCCUCAACGAACUCACCUACCUGGAAAUGGUUAUCAAAGAAACGCUCCGCCUCUUCCCGUCGGUUCCCAUAAUUGGACGCAAAUGCGUCGAGGAGGUCACCAUCGAGGGCAAAACCGUCCCGGCCGGAACGAACAUCAUCAUCGGCAUCUACUACAUGGGCCGGGACGCAAACUACUACGACAACCCGCUCGAGUUCAUCCCCGAGCGGUUCGAGGGGGAAAAGUCCGUUGAGAAGUUCAACCCGUACAAAUACGUCCCGUUCAGCGCCGGACAGCGCAAUUGUAUUGGCCAAAAGUUCGCUCUCAACGAGGUGAAAAGUGUGAUAUCGAAGCUUUUGCGCCACUACGAAUUUGUACUGCCCGCGGACCAGAACCACGAACCGCCGGUGCUCUCGUCUGAGCUGAUUCUGAAGCCUCACCACGGAAUCCCGCUACAGAUCAAACCCCGAGCACCGUUGACCCACUGAUGUGCACCAGUUCAAAGAUUCGAUAAUUAGCCGUACUUAAAACUAAGGAACGAGAUUGAAUGAAAUGUGAUAUGUUUUUGCUGGAACCAAACAUUGUAAACAAAGUUAAGCUGUUUUAACCUCUGAUUUUCUGAGUCAGAUGCUCCAAAGAAACUACGACGACGUAAUAAAAGAUGUUUUCUUAAAUAAUGA